CCUCUUGUUCGUCAAAACCAAAAACCCCUCGCAAAAUCUCGGCGGGGGCAAAAGAGUCAUGAAGUUCACAGACUCGCCGGUGAUCGAGCUCCCCGUCCGCGACGCCGUCCUCUCAUUCCAACAAGACAACGGCUCCCUCCACGUCGGCACCACCGUCUGGCCCUGCUCCUUAGUCCUCGUCAAGUUCGCCGAGCGCUGGGCCCCUCCCCAAACCCCGGAAAACCCCUACUCCUCCCUCCUCGACUUCCGCGCUAAACGCGCCGUCGAGCUCGGCGCCGGCUGCGGAGUCGCCGCCAUGGGGCUCUACCUCCUCGGCCUCACCGACGUCGUCAUCACCGACAUCCCCGCCGUCAUGCCCGCCCUGAAGCGGAACCUCAAGCGCAACAAACCGGUCCUCGGCAAGAAUCUCAAGCAUGCGAUUCUCCACUGGAACAAGGCGGACCAGAUCGCCGCCCUGAGUCCGCCGUACGACGUCGUUGUGGCGACGGAUGUGGUGUAUAUUGAGGAGACGGUGGGGCCGUUGAUCUCGACGAUGGAGGCGAUGGUGAAGGACGACGGCGUCGUUUUGCUUGGGUAUCAAUUGAGGUCGCCGGAGGCACAUAAGGUGUUUUGGGAAAUGUGCGAGGGUGUUUUCGGGAUCGAGAAAGUUCCGCAUGAGGAUUUGCACCCGGAUUAUGCUUAUGAGGAGACUGAUGUGUAUAUCUUGCGCAAGAAGAAAAAAGAAACUGAAACCUCUUAGCUCUCAGGUUUCUUCAGACUCUUCUUUGUUUUUUGGUGUUAAGGCUUCUACUUUGGUUUACUUGAUGUGUUGCUGCUUUAAUGGAAAUGUUGUGCUUGUUGAGUACUGUAUUAGUCUGUGGUUGUAAAAUGUGUUUACGCAAUGAGACUAAUGGUUAAUACUUAAUAGUCUGAACUCUGAAGAUCUUCAUAA